AGUUACUAACUUAACAUUUUUACAUUUAUUUAAUUUUGUGGAAAUUAGAGAAAAUAUCCUUUUUUCUGACCACGCAAAAUAAAAAUUAUACAAAUUUCUGGCUCCCAGUUCAAUAUUAACACGCAAGGUGCUUCCAAAAAAGUUUUUCAAAAAGUAAUCAAUUUUAGGUAAAUAAUGUCUGUACUGGAAUACUCUGUGAAGUUUGCUUAUGUGAAAUCUUCCCCCAACAAUGUCCAUCACUGUAAACUUUGCCCAUAUUUUACGACGUCGCUUUUCACCAUGGUAAACCACGUGAGACGCCACUAUUCUUUUUCAAUGCCCUUCAGCUGUGAAUAUUCCAAUGUUGAAACUUACUACUGCAAGGACUGUGAAUUCCACACAGAACUAACCCUUUUUUUCAAACAACAUGUGCAGCAGUGUCAUAGUUUUAAUCAACGAAAGGCAGCAAUUACAUACAUUGGAGAAUACGCUAUACGAAACUAUGUUUGUCAGAAAUGUCGCUUUGAAACUCAUUCUGGGUUACAAUAUUUCCGGCAUGUCGUAAAUUGUGUCAAAAAGAAAGUGAUGAAAUCUAAAAAUCGUACGAAUAAGAAAGUUGUCAAGUGGUAUGAGUGUGGUGAGUGUGAUUUCAAAGCCAAGCACAUGACCAAUAUCAGAAAGCAUAAAAUUUCAAGACACUUGAAAGACUCAGAAAUACCUUGGUUUUACUGUACGGACUGUACUUACAGAACUAAGCAAAAAAGCAACCUAAAGCGGCACUCACAUUAUCAGCAUUCAGACAUACAAGAUAUUAAAUGGUUUAAAUGUCAAGAAUGUCCAUAUAAAGUUAGACAAAAUUUUGCUUUGAAACAACACAUAAACCGGAAUCAUUUGAACGAACAAGAUAUUAAAUGGUACAACUGUAAGAAGUGUUUGCACAAAACUAAGGAUUAUUAUAAUUACAAGAAACACAUGAAGACGUUCCACGUAGACGCUGUUAAAUGGCAUGAGUGCAGCAAAUGUUCAUACCGAACUAACUACAAAUACUCGUUAAACCAACACGUCAUUGUUCACCACCUAGAUGACGAGAAUGUUAAAUGGCACCAGUGCCAACAUUGUCCGUACAAAACUAGACAAAACUCCAACCUAAAAAGACACACGAAUACGCACCAUUUAGACGACGCUAGUGUUAAAUGGUACGAAUGCGACCAGUGUUCAUACAAAGCUAAAUUAAAUUCGAAUUUAAAACGACACAUUGUUGUCCAUCAUUUGAAGGAACAGGAGAUCAAGUGGCACAAAUGCGGUGAGUGCUCACUGAAAACUAGACAUCUGUCGGUUUUGAAAGACCACAUCAAUGGGUGCCAUUUGAGUGAUUCGGAUGUUAAAUGGUACCAAUGCAAACAUUGUUCGUUCAAAGCUAAGUAUAAGUCGUCUGUAAAUAGACAUGUAAAUUCGCACCAUUUGGAAGUGGCUAAUAUUAAGUGGUAUCAGUGUGAUAAGUGCCCGUAUAAAUCUAAACAAAAUGACACUUUAAGACGCCACGUCGUUGCGCACCAUAUGGAUGAAAAAGAGAUUAAGUGGUAUGAAUGUAAACAGUGCCCCUACAAGACUAAGCGAAGAGCGUAUUUAAAACAUCACGUUUGGGUGCGUCAUGAACUUGAAUGGGUACAACAAAUGUCCACAGACGCCUAAAGAGAAAUUGAUUGUUCUUAAAAUCGAAAUAUUAAUGUUAAGAUAUGUAAUUGUUCACAACUACAAACUUUAUAAUCGUUAUGUGUAAUAAAAUUCUCGAAAUAUUUCCUUUAUU